AUGGCGAAGGGGGCAAAACAAAUGGCACUUUUGUGCAUGCGUCGUACUUGCCCCGGGGACUUUGCCCUUCUCUAUGAUGCCGUUUCUCUUUUGUGUCCAGGAAAUAAACACGAUGAUGGUACCCAGAGCGAUUCCGAAAACGCUGGGGCGCACAGGCGCUGUAGCAAACGGGCCACGCUGGAGGAGCACCUAAGGCGCCACCAUUCGGAACAGAAGAAGCUGCAGAAGGCCCUGGCCGCGGACAAGCACCAGGACCCGGCAGUCACUAGCUCUGCGCACCGCAGAGGGGGGCAUGGUGUUCCACAUGGGAAAUUGUUAAAGCAGAACUCAGAGGAGCCCGCCGUGCCAGUCCCCUUCCUACCAGCUGCCUUGUUAAGAAGUUCAGGGAGCCUUGGGCACAGACCGAGCCAGGAGAUGGAUAAAAUGUUAAAAAACCAAGCUCCCUCUGCUACCUCUGAAAAGGAUAAUGAUGAUGACCAAAGUGACAAGGGUACUUAUACCAUUGAGUUAGAGAAUCCCAACAGUGAGGAAGUGGAAGCAAGAAAAAUGAUUGACAAGGUAAAUAACCGAAACGUGGGGCGAUGCUAG